UUACCUGAAUUGAAAAAUAGGGUUUAGGGUCUGAAAGGUUUUUUCACUUUUUCUGAUUGUCUGGUCUAAUUCUUUCCAAUAAGCAAAACGAGAGAGAGAGCAGCGUCUUCUUCCUAUUGUUCACUCUGAACCGAGACUUGUAGCUGAACAGCUCCUCUUCUUCCCAUUCUUUCUCCCUUCUGUAACCUUGUUUUUCUAGGACUUAGGGUUCUUAGGGACAACUAAGCGGUCGAACCACCGAACCAACAUCUGGAGCCGGAGAAAUAGCGGUUCAGCCUCCGGUCGUUAUACUCGCUUUUGAAAACAUUUGUUGUAGCCACCGGCCUGACCCAGUCUCAUUGUUGCCUGGGAGGAGUAGGGCGGAGAUUGGAGGGCUGCCUGCGAACUAAAAUUCUUCACCUUAGGAAAACCAGUUCAAUAAAGCAAAAGGAAAAAAAAAGAAAGACAAAGAACAUGCCUCUUUAUGAUUGUAUGCUCUUGUUGAAGCCCCAUGUAACAAAGGAAGCUCUGAUGGACUUGGUUGCUCGGGUAGGAAAACAUGCCCACAGAAGGAAUGGUGUUCUGACUGAUAUAAAAUCAUUUGGUACAGUCCAGUUGGGUUAUGGUAUUAAAAAGCUUGAUGGAAGAUACUAUCAGGGUCAGCUGAUGCAGAUGACAAUGAUGGUAACUCCCAACUUCAAUAAAGAGUUGCAUUACCUGAACAAGGAAGAUAGGCUACUACGCUGGCUCUUAGUAAAGCACAGGGAUGUUAAAUUUGGCCUUGACUUGAUGAGUGAGGAUGAUGGAAAGGGUGAACUGGGCAUGUUUUCAAGAAGCAGCUUGUUUGGUGAUGAGGACAUUGAUAAGGACGACGAUGAUGAGGAAUAUGAGGUAGAGGAAGAGGAUAGCAAAACGCAAUAAAAUGUUGAUUAUCACAUUGGAAACAGUUGAAGCAUUUUAUAUGCAAUGUAAGUGAUAAAUGUUGAGGGGAAAAACCACUGUCAUUUUCAUUUGCAUAGAUAAUUGUUAAAGCUUUUUAUAUGCAUGGUACAUGGAGGGCUUCAGCCUUGAUGACUUGUUUCCUUGAAGUUUUUUUUCCCUUUUUAUUAAUAUAUAGGUGAGACGAAAGGGCGGAGUAUCAAAAUUUAAAGUGAUGAGAGAGGGAAGGACGUCACAAAACAUAUUCACUAGUUAUUGCUUAAUGUACUUCAGCUGUUGAUGUAGAAUAUUGUCAUUAUGUACUGAAAAGUACAGUAAUUAGCAAGUCAUUUGGGGUCCUCAUAA